UCUUUUCUUAUCCAAACAUGGCCGCUGACGAGCCUCAAACUAUUUGCGUCAAUCAUGGUUCAAUCACCGAAUGCAAGGUCAAAGGCGAGACUUGGGAAUCGUUGGACCCGAUAGAACGUGGGCAAGGUACAAAGGAGGUGGAGGUUCCACAUACCAGAAUAUGGACAAAAUGGUUUUUCUUUCUAGGCUUUCUUUGCCCUAUUCUGUGGGUUAUAGGUAGCAAAUUAUCGCUCAACGACUACAACGCUCAGAACGGGUUUAUCUGGAAGAAGCGCUGCCGAAUUGCCGUUACUAUAAUGCUGACUUUAGGGAUCGUAGGAUCCGUAUUAGUCAUGAUAUUUAACCCGCAAGCCUUUGGACUUCGCAAGAAUACUUCGGUUGGGCCACAGACAUCGUCAAACAGCAACGCAGCUCUUCGUCCAGAUGUACCUGUGAACGGAACGUCUACGACGGGUGAUAUUAUUGCGGGUAUUAUUAUCGCGGGUCAAGGCAGUUAG